AUGAGGUUCUCCACAUUCUGCUCCAUGGCAGCAGCAUUAACCACAGUUGCUUCAAACCCAAUCCUCACAAAGAGGAAAAUUGAACAAAAACCACAGACAGCUGAAAUCCCACCUUCAUCAAACGACAACAUCCAGACUUCAUAUGGCAAACCGUUCGCUGUAUACCAGCCCAGGGCAUUCGUGAUUUCCAUGUUUGUGCUCGAAAGAGACCCCUGGCUAAAAGCCAUGGACUUUGUCCACAACAUUACCAUCCCCGGGUUAUCACCGGAAUACCCCGUGAUCCACUGCACUACAGACUAUACCGUGUGCCAAGUCACCACCGGCGAAGGCGAGAUCAACGCGGCGAGCUCAAUCUCGGCUUUGGCGUUGAACCCCUUGUUUGAUUUGACCAAGACUUAUUUCUUGGUUGCGGGUAUUGCCGGCGGUGAGCCAGCGUACACCACGUUGGGAGGAGUCACAUUUGCCAAAUACGCCGUGCAAGUAGGGUUGGAGUAUCAAUUGGCGUAUGAAGAUUACCACGCGGUGAAACCCGAGUGGACUGCAGGUUACGUACCAUAUGGAGCAGAGAAUCCAAACUCGUACCCUGGUAACGUGUACGGCACCGAAGUGUUUGAAAUCAAUGCCAAUUUGAGGGAUAAAGCAGUAGCGUUGGCCAGCAAUGCAACUUUAAGCCAAGGCAAUGAGAAAAACCAGCAGUUUAGAGAAUUGUAUACUGAACCCGCGGCUCGUGGCCCCGCCAGCGUCGUGAGCUGCGAUGUGUUGACGAGUGAUAAUUACUUCACCGGUAAUGUCUUGGGAGAUUAUUUUGCCAACUUGACAAAGUUGAUGACGAAUGGGUCUGCCACGUAUUGCUCGACGGCUCAAGAAGACAAUGCUACUUUGGAAGUGCUCACGAGGUUAGACAAGCACGGGUUGGUUGAUUUCGAUAGGAUCAUGGUGAUGCGGACGAUUUCAGAUUUCUCGAGGCCUCCGCCUUCGAUGAAUGCCGUGGAGUACUUCUUUAACAGAUCGGAUGGUGGCAUUCAGGCUAGUUUGGACAAUUUGGUCCUUGCUGGAACGCCAAUUAUUCAUGACAUUCUCACAAAUUGGGACGAUGUUUAUGCCAAAGGUGAAGUUUACGCUUCAUCGAAUUACGUGGGUGACAUUUUUGCAACCUUGGGAGGAAAGCCCGACUUUGGCAAGGAGUCAUUUGAUGUUGCAUAG